AUGAAGCUCACCCAGAGUUCCAAGGAGCUGCAGAGUGUUUGGUCCGGAACGUCGGAAGGCGGCAUACGGCUAUUUGGCAAGGGCACAGGACGAGGUGGUCUCAACGUUGUCCGCGCGAGGCCGGGAGAUGGUGUCAUGGAGGUGUUGGUGGCUGAGCUCUCAGCUUGGCCAGUGGCGGCUUUGGUGUGGGUUCUCAUGUCGGUGACGGAUGCAUGGAUCAUCAUUGAUGAAGGAGGUGUGCUCAGAAUGCUGGAUGAUGAGGAUGUGAAUGAGAUGAUAGGUGUCCGAUUAGCUGGAGGCCUACCUGAGGAAGCCAUUGACCUCUACACCGUUUGCUACACCUUCCAGAAAGGCUCAGCAUCAGCACAGUCAAAACUUGAGGACGUUCACCAGGAACCACAGGGCAAAUGCACCAUUUGCAUGGAAGAAUUUACCACAGGCGAUUGCUUGCGCUGCCUCCCUUGUUUGCAUGCAUACCAUGUGCCAUGCAUUGACAAAUGGCUGUCUUUGAGCCAGUCAUGCCCAGUUUGCAAGCACAAUGUCAUGGCAACGACUACGCCAUGCUUUGAUUCCCCAACAGGGCAGAUGAGAUGUCCUAUUCGACCUAUCCUGCCGUGGCAUUUCAAUCGGCCGCGGCCGAGUUUCCAGGUCGUGCCUCGCCUUCCGUUGCUCCGAGGGGGGCCUCUUCCCCCGAGCCAAGCAGCCCGCCUUGCAGCACGCCCAGGCCCUGGCGCCCCUGGCGGCCCUGCCUUGCCCGCCCCGGGCGUCCCAGGUGUCCCAGGUGUCCCAGGCGUCCCGGCGUCCUCCACGGCCGUGCCGGUGUACAGAGGUGCAGCUGCGGCGUCACGCCUAGCACCCGUGCUGCCAGUGGCGAGGCUUGGACAGCCACAGAUGCCACAAAUAACACAGAUGGCACAGAUGCCACAGGCGCCCAUGGCUAGCAUGACUGGCAUAUCUCCUGGCAUAGCCACAACCACAGGUCAGUCAGCGCCAAGGAUUCAACCACAAAGUGAAGAGAGUGAGAGUGAAAGCGCCACGAAACGCAUCGCCAAUGCAUCCUCAUGGCAAGCUGCGAUGCAGUUGGCAAGGUCUUUGGCUUGGGACGAAGGACUCAAGCUGGACCUGUUUAUCUUCAGCAGCCUCUCUGCAGCUUGUGGAAAACAAACGGCUUGGACUCGAGCCGUGGGUUUGCUGCAGACAUCGUUGCAAGAAGCCUUGGGGGCCGAUGUCGCGUUGCGCAACUCAGCCCUGAGUGCCUGCGGACGGCAAGGCCAUUGGCGUACAGUGAUGCUGCAAGUUGCAGGCCAAAGCGAUGCCAACACUGUCAGCAUGAACUGCGCCGUGGACGCCGCUGGGCGUGGAAGAGCCUGGGGACAAGCACUUGGCUGGCUCUUGCGCAUGGGGUGCCUUCGCAUCGACCUCAGCAAUGUCACCCACGGUGCUGCUGUGGCAUCGCAACGCGGUGGAUGGCAACAGGCCCUGCAGGCCCUGCAGAUCUUGUCCGGCCACAAUAUGGUUGCAGUGAACGCAGCCAUCUCAGCAAUGGAGAUCCACAGCCGGUGGGAGGAGGCCAUCCAUCUCCUACACAGCUUGGCUACGCCGAACCUCUGCAGCUUCAACAGCGCCAGCAGCGCCUGCAGUGCUGCGGGCAAAUGGCAACAUAGCCUCUCCCUGUUGGCUUCGGCGAGCAACUACAAUAUCCAGCUUGACGUCAUUAGCUACAACAGCUUAAUCAACGGCAGUGCAGUGGUUGGAGCCUGGGAGCUGGCUCUGGUCUUUUUCUGGCAGAUGGAUUCCUGUGGUCUGAAACCAGAUGCGGUGUCUUUUGCCAGCGUUCUGGAUUCCAUGCCAGGGCUACAGCCACAGCUCGUGUCAUCCUUGCUGGAACUCAUGCGGCAUGUGGCCGACACAGUGGCCCUCAGUGCUGCUUUACGAUGUUAUGGAAAGACAGGGAGGUGGGAAAUGGCAUGCAGGAUUUGGUCAGAAGUUGGCAUUAGUGGCCUCCAAUUGGACAAGAUCAUUUCUGGUGCUGCCGCAGAUGCUUUCGCCAGGGUGGGGCAUUGGAAGAUCAGCCUGACACUGUUGAGACCGAAGGCAACUAUCAUCACCGUGAACUCCGUACUCAACGCAUGCGCCGCAGCCUCUGCAUGGCUUGCAGCCAGCGAAACCAUGACAUCGGUCAUUCUGCAGGCGCUGCAGCCCGAUCUCCUCAGCACCAGUUCGGUUUCCACGGCGGCUGGGAAGAGUAGACAGUGGCAGCAAUUGUUGUGGCUGCAGGGAUCCGUUGACUAUCGCGAUGAGAUCUUUUACGAGGCUCUUCUUCCUCCUCUAUUGGUAUCUUCGGCUGAAACGGGGCUGGCGCAGUUGCAGCAGUUGCGCAAAGAUGCGCUGCGCUACUGGUGUCAGGUGAGCACCUCCACGCGGAAAGAAAACAGUGGUGAGGAGCUGCUUGCCACGUACAGUGUUCACCACUUGCGGUGUGAGACGCCCUGUGGCCCAUACUGGCAGCAACAGAAAAUCUAUGAAAAUCUCACGGAAAGGGGGCCAACACUGCUCAUCACCGCAGCACAGACUCGCUCCGCGAAGAAUGUAGGUGCUCCAGAGCAGCCAAACAAACGGUGUGCGCGAUUUGUGGCGACAAAGCCCGGACCUACAGCUUUGCCGCAGUUUGUGGCGCUGGUGUGGCCGGUUGUGGCCUUGGGCUACUGCUGUCCCGGCUGGAUGGACAGCUGCGUGAGCGGCAACUACCUGGCGCUGGAUUUCGAGUGUGCUGCGAAGAGCCUUGGACAUCCUGAGGGUAUCAGAUAUGGCCAGUGGAUGCCAGCUCUUUUGACCCAGCUUGAUGUUGAUCAUGAUGCGGUGACGCCAGCCCAGCGAGCACUGGCGGAAAAGUUGAGGUCCGUUGUGGGCCAGAAGUUUGUGACGGAGAAUGUCACGGAGAUCGGCACCAUGACUGGCAAAGGCCAUGCCAUGGUGGUGGUGCGUCCAGGAAGCCUACGGGAAACGACUCAGGUCCUCGAGGCGUGUCUGGAAGCUGGAGUUGCGAUCGUCCCCCAAGGUGCCAAAACCGGUCUGACUGGUGGCUCGGUGCCGCGGAGCUGUGAUCGGCCCAUGGUGGUAAUCAGCACUCAGCGGCUGCAGAAGAUCCUGCCCAUCAAAGACGCCGGCGAUGCCAAGCAGGUUCUGUGCUUUGCCGGUGCGGGCAUUUUCAGUGUGCAAGAAACGUUGAAAUCCUACAACCGGGACUCCCACAGCGUGCUGGGAUCCAUAUUUUUGAACCCAUCUGUGGCUGCUGGAGUGGCCUUUGGCAGUGGUGGCACGCAGAUCCAUAAAGGCCCAGCAUUCACCAACCGGGCGCUCUACUGUCGAGUCAACGCACAAGGAAAGAUGGAACUGGUGAACACCUUGGGGCUUAGCCUUCAAGGCGAUGUGCUUAGCUUCUUGGAUGGCGCAGAGGAAUUGUCGCUUAAAGACAUGGACAGCAAGUCCUCCAAAGCCGCGUCAUGGCCCAAGUACCCGGAGCAUCUUACCAAGUUGGACGGCAACCUGUCUCGUUACAAUGCUGAUCUUGCAGGUGAAGAUUGCCACUGGGCAGAUUUACGCUGGAAGUAUUGGCUGGUGCGUAAUCGCUCUGAAGGGAAGGUCUUCAUCCUGGCUACCAUACAUGACACAUUUCCAAUGCCUCAAAAGAGCAAGAUGGUUUGGGUGUCCUGCAAAGAUUUUGCAACUGCCAACCUUGUGAAGCGCAAAGUGGCGUUGGCCUCACCUAAGUACCUGCCGAAGCAGUUCGAGUAUAUUGCUCGAGAUCAGUUCGAUUGUAUCGAUCAAGCUGGACGUGGGAUCAUAAAACUGAUUGAGAUAGUGGGAAUGUCCAAUCUGGGAGCACUAUGGAACUUCAAACUGAAGUUCGAGUCCUUACCGCUGCCCUUCGUCAACAUCAUUGCAGACAAGUUCCUGUGGUAUUUGAACCCGCUCAUCCCCGAGUCUUUACCAAAGCCAUUGAUGGAGCAAGGGCGGAAGUUUGACCAUCACCUCAUCGUGGAGAUGACAGAGUUUGGCAAUGGGGAGUUGAAGCACUUGGAGGAGCAGCUUCAGAAGCAGCUGGACGCCCAUCCGGAUGAUAUGACCUGCUACGUGUGCCAAAAUGCUUUUGAGCAUUCCAGGGUGAUGCUCUUCCGCUUCGCAGUGCAGCCCUCAAUUCAAACGAUGACUGUGGGCAAAGGCCAACAGGGCAUCAUCAUUGACUAUGCUAUGCCAAAGAACUUCGACCGUAUCUUGGAACUACCUGAGAAGGACAUGGGCAUUGAGAUGCGUUGUUUGUGUUCCCACUUUGGAUGCAACGUGUUUCAUGAGAGCUUGAUGAUUUCCAAAGACGUCGACGUGAAGAAAGCCAAGAAACAGAUCAAGAAAUUCAUUGAAGAGGCUGGUGGCAAACUCCCAGCUGAACACGGCCAUGGCACAGAAUAUGAAGCACCUAUCAGCACACAAGAAAGGUGGAAAAAGAUGGACCCGACCAAUUCCAUGAACCCCGGAGUUGGUCAGAGUUCCUGUUUGAAAGGCUACUCAUAG